AAUUGCUUUCAAUUGCUAAGUAACUACUUUACCAUUGAGUAUUCAAGAAAUUCUACUGCAUAAAAUUCAAUCAAACCUUUAAAUAGCUUUUCAGGUAUCAAUCGAGGCGAAAAAAAAGUUUACCGAGGAAGGCCUUUCGUAAAUAGUUUGUGUAAUUGAUCAAUUGGAACUGUUUUAUUACAGACCCCAGGGAGAUCUAUCUGUCCAGAUGCCUUGAGAUCAUCGUUGCUCAUCAUAACAAGGUAGCAAUAAUGACUCUACAGCCGUUUACAAAAGAACAGUUAAAUUACUUCAAGUUCGCUUUUGUCGUGGUCAAUGAAUUUCCAAAGGCAUUACGUCAAACCUUCAAAAACAAAUGGGACAAUAUCUUUGGACAUCUUCCUGGUUUCCAGCCCUGGGAUGACUCCGUUGCCGUGCGCAACAUGUUCCUUGCCAAAGAGAGUGGAUCUACUAAAGUCCCUACUCAUCUUUCGUACGAUGCGUGGGAUUGUACUGCCUUAUUCCAAGCCACCAUCUUUUCAAAGUCCUUUUCCAUGCCAGACGGUGGAGGCCAUCACAGAACACUCAGCUACUUGUUCGUGAGACCCCACAGACUUCCUACCGGAGGGUUUCAUGCUUCUGUGAUCAGCCGGACUGGGAACGAUGCUGAGUCAUUUGCCUUGGCGAUCGAUCAACUGCGACUUUUACGAAAUGCGUUCUGCCACUCACCCAGCUCAGAGAUCCCAAAAGCAACAUUUAACAUGUACCUACAGCUUACUAAAGAGACCUUCCAAGCCCUUGGCGUCUCAUCAAGUUCUGUGAAUGCAAUUGGAAGCUUAGCUGAGAAAGACUUUCCGAUAGGAAAAGUUCCCGAGCUCGAAGAUAAGAUUAGAAAAGAGCGUCAAGCUGAAAUCGCUUUUCUUAAAAAACGAGUAGAAGAUGAGUUGAUAAGCAUAAGGUCUGAGAACACAGAAGCAAACCAGGAGCGGCGGAAUGAGGCAGAACGAGUCGUAACAGUUUUAAGAGAAGAGAUUCAACAGUUGGAAACGCGGUUGCAAGAACAAAAUGAAAGGCAUUCUGAAGAGAUGAAGAAGGAGAAGACAGAGCUUAAAGAAACCAUUAGGUUUGACCUCGAGCGAUCAAACCAAGCACGAGAGAAAGACGCAAAAUCAGCAGCUCAAGAGAGAAAAGAAACGAGACAGCAACUUGCUGAGAUAAAUCAAAAGUUGGAGGAAAUCCCUAGAGAAACUACGAAACAAGUAGAGUCUAAUCCCAGUCUACCAAAAUCAAAUCUUCCUUCAAUGGUUCCUUACUUCACUGGGCGCGAAAAAGAGUGCGACGAAGUCUUUGCACACGUGACCAACAAAGCCACUCACCUCGUUUCCAUCUGGGGUUCGCCAGGUUUCGGAAAAACGUCGACUGCAAUCGCUGUAGGACAUCGCCUCCAAGCACAAGACCUGCCAGUAUGCUUUGUCUCGUUACGUGGGAUGAGGCUAACAAGUGACCUGACGUCGAAAUUUCUUGGUCUGUUUACACCCCAAAGUGUGUCAGAAUCCCAGCGUUUAAAAGAAAAUAACGAACUUUGCUGGAUUUUCUCUUAGAUUCCAAAUCGCUGCAUAUUCAUCCUUGAUAAUGCUGAUGAUCUUUUUGAAAGUGGCCUUCCCAACGUGAAAAAGGACGUUUUUCAUUUUAUUGAAGAACUUGUCAAUCACAACGAUAAGGUUUCGUUUCUUCUUACCACAAGAGAAUCUUGUGAAUUUUUGAAAAUGCGUUUCAAAGGAUAUCGUGCUGUAAGAAUAAAAGAGCUUGAUGAGCAAUCCUCUUCAGACCUUGUCCAAGUAUUGCUUCCAGAAGCAAGCAAGUCUGAUGGAUUAAAAGUUGCAAAGAAAUGCGGGAGCGUACCACUGGCAAUGAAGUUGUUGUGUUCCUUGAUUUCGGAGGAUGGUACAGAGACAUCAAGUGAGUCUAUUAACAUGUUCUUGAAUACUUCAGACAACAUUCUGGAAAUGUUGGAUAACCCAGACUACCCCAGUAAUAUGAGGUUGAAGUGUCUUUUUGACGCCUCGUUUCAGAAACUUUCUGCAAAGGAAAAAGAAGCACUGGUCUCACUUUCCAUUCUUCCCGAACACUUUGACAAGGAGACCGUAUCAGCUGUUUUAGGAAUGAAUUCAAUCCACGCCGUACAAGUUCUGAAGAGACUCAAGAGAACGUCUCUCAUUGAUUUUAGUUCGAAAGCCGAGGAAUAUUCCAUUCAUAAGCUCAUACUGUCAUUUGUGCAGGAAAAAGGGGAAAGUGAGAUGAAAGAAACGGUUCUCAACUCCAAAGUACGCUAUUUCGAACUGUAUAUUUCACUAUUCGAGAGGCUAACAGAGACGUUCCUGACAGGAUAUUCUAUGUCGGCUUACCUUGAGUAUUUUAAGAAUGAGGCAAGAUUCAUUCAAAGUCUUAUUGACGGUUGCCAGGAGGAAAGAACAGUCAGGAAAGUCUGCAAUGCCUUGAUUAAAGCAGAAAUGUUUGUCUGCUU